AUGAAAACAUUGGUUAUAAUUUUACUCUCCAUUACCACAUUAGUUUUUGCACUUCCUUUUAAAGAAAGUGUGGAAAGUCCGGAAAUCGACGAUAACAAUGGUUGGUUUGUACCACAAGUCGAUGGAUCAUUGAAAUGGAUGACCCAAGAUGAAGCUGCCAAAGCUGAGCAUACAUUGUCAAUGGGAAGAUGGUUUGGUAAAUUGAAAGUUAAAUUCUAUUUGUAUACCCAGAAAAAUCCGGAUGAUCCACAAGAGAUUUUCAUUGGCAACGAAACAAGCUUGAGUGAAUCAAAUUUCAAUAGCAACGAUGAAACGAGAUUCAUCAUUCACGGUUGGCAAAAUGACUUCACCUCAGACGUAAACGUCGAAGUACGCAGCGCUUUGCUCGACGUCAUGGAUUGCAAUGUAAUCUCAGUAGACUGGAGUCAAAAGGCCAUUAGUAUCAACUACAUGAAAUCCAAACAUAAUGUUCCAAAAGUUGGUGAAAAAGUCGCCGAAAUGAUUGAUUUCUUAGCCAACGAAGGCCAAAUGUCACUUGAUAAACUUCGUCUUAUCGGUCAUAGUUUGGGUGCUCAUGUGGCGGGAUUUGCUGGCAAACAUGUGACAAGUGGACAAAUUCAUACAAUUAUUGGAUUGGAUCCGGCAUGGCCGCUGUACACUUUUAAUGGUUGUGCCAAGAGGUUGUGUGACAGUGAUGCCCAAUAUGUUGAAUCGAUUCAUACAAAUGGCGGUUUGUUGGGAUUCUUGAAACCAAUUGGAAAUGCUGAUUUCUAUGUAAAUGGUGGCAAAUCACAGCCCGGAUGUGGAUUGGAUGUUGGUGGAAUUUGUGCACAUUCGAGAUCGUUUCUUUAUUAUGCCGAGUCAAUUAGAGAUAAUCAUUUUACGAGUCAGAAAUGUACACAUUGGAAAUAUGCUGUGAAAAGAUCUUGCAAAGAAGGUGGUAGUUCGAAAUUUAUGGCUAAAUUGGGAAGUUAUUUGAAUUUCAAAUUUGUUGAAGGAUCAUAUUUUACUCCUGUCAAUAAAGAAUCUCCAUAUGGAACAGGGAAAUAA